UGCAGCAGGCACAUGUCAUCCUUUCGCUGUUUUGUUCAGUGUGGAAACAUGGCGGGCUUGGAGUUGCUGUCUGACCAAGGCUACCGUUUGGAUGGACGCAAAUCCACCGAACUUCGCAAGGUUCAAGCCCGUAUGGGUGUGUUCGCUCAGGCCGACGGCUCGGCGUAUUUAGAGCAGGGAAACACCAAAGCCUUAGCGGUCGUGUACGGUCCGCACGAAAUGCGAGGCUCCCGCAGUCGAACCCUUCACGACCGGGCUGUCAUCAAUUGCCAGUACAGCAUGGCCACGUUCAGCAUGUCAGAGAGGAAGCGGAGGCCGCACGGUGACCGCAAGUCCACCGAGAUGAGCCUCCACCUCAAGCAGACGUUUGAGGCUGCCGUGAUGACGCAGCUCUAUCCGCGCUCUCAGAUAGACAUUUACGUUAAGAUCCUUCAGUCAGAUGGAGGCAACUAUAGUGUGUGUGUGAAUGCCGCUACUCUGGCUGUGAUCGACGCGGGCAUCCCCAUGUUGGACUAUGUGUGUGCCUCCACCGUGGGCUUUGUAGACGAGACGCCGCUGGCCGACUUGUGCUAUGCCGAAGAGAGUGGCGGUGUGAGCUCCUUGGCGCUGGCACUGCUGCCCCGCGGCGGGCAGAUCGCGCUGCUGCAAAUGGAUGCCAGGCUGCAUCAGGACAACCUGGAGGCCUUGAUGGACGCCGCCAUGACGGCUUGCAAAGGCGUGAGCAAAGUGCUGGACCAGGUGGUGCGUCAACACCUCCAAGAGGCUUCGCUGGCCACCGGAGACUGACAUCUGCACUUGAUUGGUUAUUUUUCAACUACAAUACUUAAAUUUCCAGGACUCAAACAAGAGGAAAAUCACAUUCAUAUUAUUUUCCACAGAACAUCAUUGUACAUUAUUGUGUAUAUGUAAGAAACAAUAAAUAUGUGUGCUUUCUAUGA